AGCGAUAGAAUUUGUACAACGUGUAAGACCACCAGUUUCGAAUAGUAAUGGUCAUUUAACAUCAAUGAUUGGUUGUUGUUUUACUGCAUUAUGAUUCAUAACGUCUGAUAACGAUUCUCCACAUUUCUAUGGAUUUUUACCGGCCUUCUCUCGAUGUCUAGAAUUCUCACUUUAGUCUUGGAACGCUUGGUUCUCUUGCCGCUUCUCUUGCCUGAAUUCUUGCUGAUUCUCUUGCAAUAAGAAACCUUGCUAUGUGUUGCGUUUGCGUUGUUCCGUUUGACCGCUUGGGAUGAAUCGUCUCAUCCCAACCGGUGCCUGCUAAGUAAUUGCUGAGUCCACAUCCGGCCGCACCGCAGACGGCCGUACCAACCUUACAUUACAUAACAGCCGCUUAAUCGUGGUAAAGGUUGAUCACCGCUCCACUAGAACAGUAGCCAGAUAGGCCACUGUUGCAUGGCGCUCCUGGGUUAAGAGCCACAUAUUAACUUCCGGACACCGAUUCCCGCCAACACUAACCUACUGUCAACAUUACACCGUUUCCAGCCGACAUUAAAUCACAUUCUCCCACCACCCUGAAGUCCAAAGCCGCCAAACGCCUAACCAGUGCCGCCAAGCGGAAUCUGCACAAGCCAAAGUCUGUUCGUUACGCCGGACCGGAAAUCCCGGAUUCCCUGAAGACUUUCAAGAUUCCCAAACUGCAUUUGGACAUGGACGUUGACGAGAGCACCGGCACCGGCAUGGACACCAGUGACCAGCAGCCGCAACAGCUAUCAGCACCGUCCAGCUCUGUUCCGGCUACCGAACCCGAACUCGUAACGCAUGCGGACUACAACGAUCCGCUAUUUCAGGAAGACACUUCGAAUAUUAACCCGUCCACCACUCGUGAACCACUGCUGAACGCUCCCACAGAAGAGAAGGAUGAACUACCGUACAAUGGUCAGAGCUUACAGUACAACAGUGCUCGUCGUGGUAGUCAUCGCAAUGGUCGUAACAAUUAUGGAAACAUUAAUCGUGGUGAUCGUCGUCAGCGCAACUACCCGGCUGUUGACCCACCAACUGAAAACAUUCGUUACAUUAACCGCGGCAUUCGCCAAACCGCUGAACUCGCCACGUACCAGGAAUUCAACCCAUACAUCGGGUUCCAUAACAAAACACCACGUGAACAUUAUCGUCGGCACAUGGAUAACAUUGACAUUGCCGUUGCGCGUGCUGCUGGAGACAUUAACACUACUACCGAUCCUACAGAACGUGAAAUUAAGCUCGCCCAGAAGCAGGUUUUGUGCAACACGUUCACCUUUCUCGAUCGCCUACGCACGAAUCACGAAAACGCGGACACCGACAAAUUCUGUUCGUUUCCGGUUCCGAUGGACACCGUCCUUAGUCCACACUACUUCCAAAGCUGGCGUUUUGAUCGUUUCUCGCGCUCUCCCUGGAUCUGCUAUCAGGGAGAUGAUGGAAAGUGGUUGUACGAACACCGUACUGGCUUCGUUUACCGUUACAUUAACAAUGGACAGCGUCAAGGAUUUGAACAAGUCGAACAGUACCCGAAGUACUUUAACCCGUACCGAUACUUUACCGUAGAUGCGCCAUUCAUGCCUGGAGAAAUUAACUGGGAUGGUGCAUUCACUGAUGAAAUUCGUGCUGACAAAAUUAAAUCGCUCCGCGAGUACGAUGCGCAGCUGGCCGCCACGGCUGCAGUGCCAGCGUAUAACCAGAAAUUACCGGUUGUCGAAAUGCCGGAUAUGCCUGUUGGUUUGAACAUUAACCGGGACGUAGCUUCCAUCAUGACCGCAUUGGGCAUUCGUGGUUAUGCUACACAUGACAUUAAACCGCAGUCUUCGACUACCGUGAGGGACAAGGACAGCCAGAUCCAAGACCUACGCCAGCAGAUUGACCAGCUCCGUAACCAGAUGGAUCGUAUGCGUGAUGCCGACCAGCGCACCUACCGGAAAUGACGGAACAACAGCGGACACCGCCUGAUGAAUCCUAACCGUUGGAUGGACACCACAAGUGGAUCCACCAUGUUCGUUUAAUG